UAGAUAAAAAGAUAAAGCAAGCAGCGGCAGCGACCGAAUCUAGCCAUGGAGACGACGGCGCUCCUCCGAGUUCUCGGCCCCUUCCCUUCUGCCAUUACAACAGCCGGCGCUGCAUUGCAAUCGCGCAACCCUAAACCUUUUUCACACUUUCCCCCUUUCCGCCGCCCAGCCAUCGAGUUCGAAAUCCGAACAACUCCCCACGUCUCCGCCGUGCCCUCUCCGGCCCCCAUCUUUCUCCCUCAUCUCCAGUUCGAUGACGACGGCGAGCUCGAAUUCCACCACCGCCAACGCCAGCAACAAGAACAACAAGUAGUGGAGGAGGAGGAUAGCGAGGAAGACGAUGGGGAGGGACUUUCCGACACAAUCCUCGAUUUCUUCAAGUCCCGCUCGUCCUUGACUGAGGACCCAAAGAAGGAAGGUCGCUUCUCUCUACAGAGCAAUCGACGCACCUCUUGGCACCUUGCCGAUGUCGAACAUGCCGCUGAUAUCGUGGAGGAAGAGCCAGCGGUCGCUUCCCCUUCUGGCGUCACAGAGCCUCCGCAGUCGAUCAAUUUUGGAGUCUUCGACGAGAUUUUGGCCGUCGCAAGGAGCCUCCCAGAAAACGCCACAUUGGGGGAUUUCCUGGGGCCUUAUGCUGGGAAGGUCGGAGAAGGAGACUGCAUCGAGCUGCUGGUGAGGAUGGGGGAGGAGGGCUUGGCUUCCGCGUGCUUGUACUUGUUUGAAUGGAUGGGGCUGCAGGAGCCAUCGCUGGUGACGCCGAGGUCCUGUUCGGUCUUGUUCCCUGUAUUAGGUAGAUCUGGGAUGGGAGAUAAGCUAAUGAUUCUCUUUCAAAACUUGCCCAAAGCUAAAAGGUUCAGGGAUAUAUGCGUCUACAACUCUGCAAUUUCUGGCCUUGCAUCCUGUGGGAGGUAUGAUGAUGCACAGAAAGUGUAUGACAUUCUUGAAGCCAACAAUAUUAAGCCAGAUCAUGUGACUUGUUCAAUUAUGUUAACUGUCAUGAGAAAGAGCGGUACAAAUGGAAAGGAUGCUUGGGAAUACUUUCAAAGAAUGAAUAGAAAAGGUGUCAAAUGGAGUUUGGAGGUUAUUGGAGCUCUAAUUAAGUUCUUUUGUGAUGAAGGAUUGAAGAAGGAAGCUCUCAUCAUUCAAGCAGAAAUGGAAAAGAAAGGAAUUACAUCAAAUAUCAUAAUUUACAACACCUUGAUGGAUGCUUAUAGUAAAUCUGACCAGGUUGAAGAGGUAGAAGGACUCUUUCUUGAGAUGAAAGAAAAAGGACAAAAGCCAACAACGGUAACCUAUAACAUUUUAAUGGAUGCCUACAGCAGAAGGAUGCAACCUGAAAUAGUUGAUUCUCUAAUAUCUGAGAUGCAAAGUGUAGGCUUAAAGCCUAAUGUCAAAUCAUAUACUUGUCUGAUAAAUGCCUAUGGAAGGAAGGGGAAAAUGAGUGACAUGGCAGCAGACUCAUUCUUGCGGAUGAGAAAGGCAGGAAUUAAGCCCACAUCACACUCCUAUACUUCCUUGAUCCAUGCAUAUUCAGUUGGUGGAUGGCCUGAAAAAGCAUAUGCUACAUAUGAAAAAAUGAAAAGAGAUGGAGUUCCUCCCUCCAUAGAAGCUUAUACAACUUUGCUUGAUGCAUUUAGGCGAGCUGGCAACAUUGAUAGAUUAGUAGAAAUUUGGAAAGCAAUGAUCGGCGACAAGGUUCAAGGCACAAGAGUUACAUUUAAUAUUAUCCUGGAUGGUUUGGCAAAACAUGGUCUUUAUGUUCAAGCAAGAGAUGUGAUACAUGAAUUUCAAAAAUUUGGCUUGCAGCCAACAGUCAUGACUUAUAACAUGCUGAUGAAUGCAUAUGCAAGGGGAGGACAACACUAUAAAUUGCCACAAUUGUUGAAAGAGAUGAGUGCUCUCAAUUUGAAGCCUGAUUCGAUAACUUAUUCCACAAUAAUAUAUGCAUUUGUUCGUGUACGUGAUUUUAGUAGAGCAUUUUAUUAUCACAAGCAAAUGAUCAGAAGUGGGCAGGUUCCUGAGGUUCGAUCCUAUCAGAAAUUGCGAGCUAUUUUGGAAGUCAAAGCUACAACAAAAAAUAAGAGAGAUAGAAGUGCUAUUCUUGGGAUACUAAAUAGCAAUUUUGGAUUAAAACCCAAGAAGGGCAAAAAGGACGCGCUCUGGAAGAACAGAAAAAAGAGAUUAAUGAGGAACAGGGAGCUUGGUGAUAAAAGAGUAAUCUUGUGAAAGUCUUGUAAAAAUCAAACAUACGAUGAACAUGCUCUGGCCCAUGUUUCUUCUUCAUGAGAACACUAGCUCUAGACAGGGGAUGGAAUCUCAGAUCAAGUACAAACCAGAAGGGCAUUUAAUCUCCAAACAAUUUGGUAGGUGGUUAUGAGAAAAAGUGAUGUUGUAGGUUUGACAAUUUUUCUAUCUGUGCAAUUGCUUCUUCGUAA